AAAAAUAGUAUCCCGAGUGAGUCAACGUUGGCAGAACUGCUGGCCACUCGCUCCUCGGUUUCGUUUCUUCGUGUUGGUGCACUUUGUCUACCCGUCUGAAGUCGGUAUCUUCUUUCCAUUAGACUCGACGUGUGCUCUCUGCGCAAGGGACAGUUGGCAGGAUGGGAAAGGUAUUUGGAAACCUGUACAAGCUACGAGGAAUUAUUUAUUACCGACUUAGUCCGUACGAGCAGCGGGCAUUCGCAGGUGCGAUAUCUCAUGGUGUACCGAAUGUAUUUCGUAGGAUAAAGGAGAACUUGUUUACGAUGGGCCCACCCUUUUUAAUAGCCUACUUGAUCUACGACUGGGCAGAAAAGGAGCACGCUCGCCUUCAAAGGAAGAACCCCAAGGAUUAUGAAAAUGACGUAUAAAUAAUUAGUAUUUGCAUAGUUUAUUUAUAGAAUAUGGUUGGAAAGUCAAACAACACACAUGCAUAUAUCUAUCUGUACAGAGUAUCCGUGAAUAUAUUGCGUGUAUCGAAUGUCUAAAGUUAUACUACACGAAUAAAGUUUCCUGUCAAUUUAA